AUGGCAAAUAGUGAAAGACAGGCUGACGAAAUAUUAGCAUUACAAUCAAUUUUUGAUCGAACAUUUCGUUUAACGAAUGAAAAUCAAUAUGAAAUAUUAAUUGAAUUUGAUUUAUGUACAUCAUUUACAAUUCAAUUAGACAAUAAAAUAUCUACAGUACAAUAUUUACCACCAUUAUCUCUUAUAAUUAAUUAUCAUGAUGAAUAUCCAAGCGAUCAUCCACCAUCAUUUAUUCUAUCAUGUUUUUAUUUUUCUAAAAUUGAUUUAGAAAAACUUUCUCAAAAAAUUGAUAAUUUUUGGUUUAUUCGAGGUGAAGUUUGUGUUUAUGAUUGGAUUGAAUUAAUAAAACAAGAAAUAACAAAUCAAUUUAUUAUUCGUACAAAAGAAGUAUUUCGAAAUCGACUUCAAUCAUGUUCUAUUUGUAUAGAUAUUAUUCCAGGUAUAGAUUGUAUUCGUCUUCAUCGUUGUGGACAAUUUUAUUGUCGUACUUGUUUGAAUCAUUAUAUUCGAAUGACACUUGAAAAUGGAAAAUUUGGAGAAAAUCUUCUUUGUCCACAAGAUCAUUGUAAACAAGUUUUACUUCCAACAGAAAUAAAACAAACUAUUCAAAAUGAAAAAUUAUAUGAAAGAUAUGAACGAUUAACAUUGCAACAUGGACUUGAAUCAAUGAAGGAUAUUGUUAGGUGUCCAAGGUGA